AUGACUGUUUGUAAUGUCAUGCUUCAUCAUAAUAAUGCCACAGCACAUAAAGCAAGAAUUGUAACAGAAUAUCUUCAUAAUGAACAAGUGGAACUUCUUCUUCACUCACCAUACAGUUCAGAUCUUGCUCCUUGUAAUUUUUUCUUAUUCUCUCAAAUAAAAAAAGAACUAAAGGGAAAGAGAUUUGAUAAGAUCAAAAACUUGGCAAGAGCUGUUCAGGCAGUUGUUGAAGGUAUUUCAAAAGAGAACUAUGAGAACUCUUUUCAAAGUUGGCAAAAUCGGCUAGAAUGUUGUAUAAAGUUUAAUGGAGAGUACUUUGAAGGAAUGAAGUAG